UCUUAAGGUUUACUCUUGGAGAUAACGACGAACUUAUUUCUGUACAAGUAACACUAUAGAUCACCGCGUUGAAAAGGAUAACCAAUAUUGUAUUAUUUGUCAGCACUUUAGGGUUUUUUAUUUCUAAAGGUAUUCACCUUACAAAGCAUGCGGAAGUUUUGAGUAGGUUUGAGUUCGCAUAGUUGCGACUGACGCAGAUCAAAUUCUUCGUAAACGUGUUCUUAAACGGCCUUUUCCUUCGUGGAGGUAAUUUAGCUCUUGGCAUAAUGGUAACGGAGAGGCGGUUUAUAGGAACGGUUCACCCCUACCAGAGCGGACAAACUGGACAUUCUGCUCUGAAAAGAGGCCUGGCAGCUAAAGCCUCCAGGAUCAAAAAUGAAGUAUGGGACCCUAAAACCCGAAAAUUUCUUGGAAAGACGCCAUCACAUUGGGCGUUAUGCGCAAUCUUCUAUACAGUGUUCUAUACAAGUAUACUUGUCUUCUUCGGGGCGUGCUUGGCAGUGACAUUUGUCUAUUAUAUAGACAAGAGGUCGCCCAUGGUCUAUGGCAAUGCUGGAGCAAUAGGAAAUAAUCCCGGAUUGAGUUUUCGCCCAAUGCCUUGGGCCAAGUCAACAAUGAUCUACUUCGUUCAAGGAGAUAAGCAGUCUUUUGCACCUAUAAUUGCCAACAUCCGGGCACAUUUGAUACAAUACGAGAACCAAAACCAGGACGGCCGAAACUAUAUCCAGUGUGGUUACGGUGUCAGACCCCGAGAGAAAGUCUGUACUUUCAAUUUGGAUCUUCUGGGGCCCUGUAUAUGGAAGGAAGAGUACGGAUAUAAUGACGGAGAGCCAUGUGUGAUUUUAAAAUUAAAUAAGAUUUAG